AUGAAAAUCACAAACAACACCACAAAUAUUAAGCAACACAAAUGCCUACAAAAAAUAAGCGAAAUUGUGGAUAAAACUCAAUUAAAAAAAAAACAAUUCAAAUACGUCAUAAACAUCAAUCACGAACCAGACGAUAAAAUAAAAAAAGAUUUAGAAAAAAGUUUGGACAAAAAAGAUGUUUUAAUCAAAAGUAAUAAUACAUUCAAAAUUCUCACAGACAGUAUUAGUACAGUAAUCUAUUUUGUAAAUAUGUUUGAUGCAGAAUUAAAAGGACAAUUUAUAACCACUAUAAGACCAAAAAAUAUGUAUACAGAUUUUGAUUGGUAUAAAUCACUCACAGAAAUAGAAUGGGUAAUAGAAAAUGAAGGAUGUAAACUAAUUAAAUCAGAAAUUAAAGGCGAAACUCUAAUUAUCAAAACAGUGAAAAGAGUCGUAGAAGAAUUUGACACUAUCAUUGAACUAGACAAUCUAACAUUAAUUGGACACUCCAACAAAGGAUGGAGAGAUCAAACCUCAUUACCAGAAAAUCAAGAAGAAAACAAAAAUAAAAAACAAUCAGAUGAACAACAACCACAAUCUACAUCAGAACAAAUACCAAAACAAGGAAAAAGAACAAUCAUUAUUCCACCAAUCACAUCCUCAUCUAAUGAUAAAACAUUUAUGGCCCUAGAUGAUACAGCUCAAAGGUAA